AUGGUUUUUGUUGAUUCUGAGGGUGAUCAAAUUCAUGCUAUUUGUAAAUCGGACCACCUCAAGUCUUGGAAAACUUAUUUGAAAGAGAAUUGCACUUAUGUUAUGCAUAAUUUCAAAGUUGUUAAGAAUGAUGGUCAAUUUAGAGUGUGCGAACAUGAGUACAAGUUAUUUUUUAUUGGAGUGACGGUUGUUAGAGAAGCUAAUUUGCAUGAACUGCCUUUUAAGGAAUUUGGAUUUGUUGAAUUUGCAAAUGUUGUUGCUGGCAAUUUUGUGUCUGGCCUGUUGGUUGAUAUUAUUGGGGUCGUUGAUCAAGUGGUCUUUCGGCAUGUUUCAACGAAAAAUACCAGGGUUGUUUUUAGAAUGAAGGAUUUGAGUGGUGAAAUUUUGUCUUGCACACUUUGGGAGAAUUACUGUACUCAGUUCCUAUCCUAUUUGAAUGAACGUGGGGAUGAUGGGCCGAUGGUUAUUAUAUUGACACAUGCCAGAAUAAAAGAUGCACAGGGAAGUUAUCCAGCUUCAGUGAGCAAUUCCUUCAAGGCGUCAAAACUAUUGAUUAAUGAUCCUAUAUUGGAAAUUCAAGAAUUUAAAGAGAGGCUUUUAGAUUUAGGUGUUGAGGUGAGUCGAGUUUUGCUACCUGGCGAUCAAGCAAGCUCACAAGUUUCAGGGGGAAGUCAGCUAUCAUCAAAGGAUUCGUUUCUUUCAAAGGCUGAAGUCAAAACUAUUUUAGAAAUCAAUGCCAUUUCUGAGGUGGACCUGAAAACUGACAUCCAAACAGGACCAUUCACAUGUGGAUGUGGCAAGGAUAAUGAUCAGCCUGUUCUAAGGUAUAGAGUUGAAAUCAUGGUUACCCAAAACAAUGAGAGUGGCAAAUUUUUGCUCUGGGACUGUGAAUAUGCUGAAUUCAUUGGUCAAACAGCUGAUGAUGUGAAUAGGGUCAAGAUUGAAGAUGGUGAUCUUGAUUUGAAUGCUUCCCCUCAAGCACUUGACAAAUUGUUGGGUCAUGUGCUUGCUUUUAAGGCCAGGAUUCAAUCAAGAUUCAAAAAUGCAGUUGUACUUAGAUACUCAAAAGACCUGGAUUUGAUCAAUGCAGUUCUGGAGAUGCUGCCUGAUAGUGAGCAAUCUCUGUUUGUCACAGCUGACCAUGAUCCGGUUGCGGGAUUGCCUUUAACACCCAAAAAGCGGAUGUCAUCUGAUGAAGCCGAUGAUGAGUUAAGGAGCUCUCAAAUUUCGCCAGCCCAACUAUCGUCUAACAAAUUAACAAGACAUUCUCAUAGGAGCUAA